UGCAGCGUCCUUCUGCCUCCUGCAGCGAUACUCCACUCUCUGUUUUGGCGUCGCGUGAUUCUACGAGGUGGGAUUUAAUCGGAAAUACGAUGACAUUUUACAUUGAGCUAUAUUUAUCGAUAUCUUCCGUUUCCAAGGUUAAUUAAGGGAAAAGAAUUAACGAGCACCGAUCAGUAGAAUGAACACUGGAAUCUCGUAGCGGAACACCGAUUGAAGAUUGAAGUGCGCGAGAGCGUGGAAUGAUAGAGGAAGGGAGACAAAAAGCGUGGGCGAGAUAAAGAGACAUCAAGCAAGGUGAACUGUAGAGGGAGAGAGAGAGAGAGAGAGAGAGAGAGAGAGAGAGAGAGAGAGAGAGAGAGAGACUGGAAAGGCGGAAAGGAGACUCGCGAGAGACGCGUCCGUCACGCACCGAGUGUUUGCCUCGGUUAGCUGGAACGAACGCGCCAUUUCCCAGGGAGAAAAUGAGAACGACGUCCUCGUGCUCGUGAAACCAUAGAAGGAGGAUCCGGCGCAACGCUUGAGAGAGCAGGAAAUGUACGGCGCUGAGAGGGAGGAGGUGUCUGAAAGUUGGCUGCAUACGUAUGACCUGAGCAGUACUAUGAUUCCCAAUGCGAGCACGGCAAUGGACGACGAGGAGCAUUUCUGCAAGCUUAUUUUGUACAAGGAGAUUAAGGAUUCCAGAGUGCGAAUAUGGGAUAUCAUCAUUCUAGUACCGAAUCUAUUAUUUCUUCUGUUCAUCGCAAUGCGAUUCAACAGGGCGAGGCUUAAGUUACGUGCAACGAGUAGCCCAAUAUUUUUAGCGUUUUACGGUCUGGUCAUUUGUAAUGUAGUUAUAUCAGUGGUGCGCUGCGUCGUGUCGAUGACUGUGAACGCGGCGGCGACGGUCGGCGGCAAGGCCGACAAGGUCCUAUGGGUCACAGUGAGAUUUUUUCUACUAUCUACCGAGAUGAGUGUAGUUAUAUUUGGUCUAGCGUUCGGUCAUUUGGAUAGCCGCUCCAGUAUUCGUAGAGUAUUACUUGCUACAUCCUUCAUAGCGCUGGCAUUCACGAUCACUCAAGGAACACUGGAGCUGGUCCUACCGGACGAUACAUUUCAUAUUCCCAGCCGCGACUUUUAUGUAUUCGGUCAUGGUGGCAUGAUGUUUUGGUUUUGCAGUAGCCUCGUUUUCACAACGAUAUAUCUCUUCAUAUUAAUACUGCCAUGGACACGGUUGCGGGACCGCCUAGCACUUCCUACACGGAAAAGUUUUUACGUUUACGCUGGAAUACUAGCGACGUUGGACUUAGUGCAGUCGAUUGGCGCAGGCUUUCUAAACUACACGCAAAAUCCAGUAGGAUUAUGCAUCGUAGACUUCACUGCAGCAGUAUAUUUAACUCUUUUUACCCCUUUGGUUUAUCAUACAUUCCUGUCGGAAUUCUUCGGUGUUUCGCAACCUUCGAUAAUGUUUUCUUACAAAGCACAAGUGGACGACGCAAUGGAUGAAGACACUGUGUCAUUACCGCACCAACAGAGUUUUUCAUCCUUGAAAACCGACAGCGAUUACAUCUAUCAGGUCCAUACUCCUUCUAUUCACAUACCGCUGUAUGAUUCCCAUGCAUCAAAAUCCUCUAGACCGAGAGCUUCUCUGUAUUCCUUAACAUCCGCUAAAGACCUCAAAAAUAAUGACUCAAGUACUUUUGGUUCGCCAGUUAAGCCAUAUCACUCGACAUCCGGUAUUAGAAGCUUUGGUAGAGAAUCCAGAGAAAAAGAUGUUUCGAAAGUGAUCGAGUAUCCCUUAACCAAAUCUACCGCCAUCCAAAAAAGUGUCCCGGAUCUAAGACUCUCCAGCCCGAUCCGAAAAGCCGUUCCUGAUACGUACGAUGAUCCCAGUAGCGUCUCACUUCUCUCGACUGAUACCGCUAGUAACUUCUUUUAUAAACCAAACACAAUUGACAGCAAUAUUAAUUUAUUUUCUCAAACGAGGAAAAGUAGUUUAGAUAAUAUAUCGUCUAAAACGAUCGUAGAUCACGUUGAGAUCACGGCUGCAGUUGAGAACCUUUCGCACGGAUACGAUAGCUUCUCAGAGAUAGCUCAGGGUCCAGCAUUAGAAAAUACCUUACACUUCAUUUUGGAGAGCGGAACACACGAAAUUGAAACGGAAGUUCCUAAAAAAUCUCGAUUAAAGACAACUGACACUGACAAUUUAGUCGAAGAUGGUACUGUUAGUGCAGAUCCGAGACAUUUAACGACGCGUAUUAGCACCGAGAUUUUUAAAACUGACUCAAAUGAUAUAUCUCCUGAUUCAAACGUCACGCAACAAUUACUUCCUAAAACGACUUCCUUUACAACCGGCGCGCACAGAAAGAAUAAAAAUGAUUCGAGGGAGAGAGAACCAGGUGGCUUAAGUGAUUAUUUAUUAUCUAUAACAUCCCCAAAAUUUAAUCACAGUGUUUAUGACUCGACCCAGUUCGACACGAACACUACGCCAAUCAACCCGCUCUACGCGGCGUCUCUUCAAAGCCCAGAUAGUAUUACCGGUUAUAGUAUAGACAGUCAAGAAACGCCGAAUCCGCCGAAUGGUUACCAACAAUGAACAUUUAUAAUCGAUUCGGAGUGUGCUAUAAAAACUAGAACGAGCCUGCGUAUGAGUUACUUGACGAUCAAAUUGCAGUUUUGCUAAGAGCUUUGUGUAAUCUCUAUACAAGGACUUGUUACUUUUUUUCGAAAAAAAAAUCUCAUGCGAGAAAAAGUUCGCUUGAGGGCUCGAAAAUAGCGUGCGAUUGUGAAUCGAACACGAAAGGAUUCUAGUCGCCCUUGGGUAUUUUUAGGGUCAUGUAAUACAUUAACGGAGAAAAAUACGAAUGCUUUCGGUCUCCAUGUGAUAGUUGGCAUCGAUGCCCAAAUUGUGAUUGGAAACGCUGGAAGAAAUCUCGCAAGAUCUGAAAAAGGAAUCUCCAGUUUAGCUUUAGUUUGCUUUACUUAGGGCAAAUUAUUGAAAGAUGGUUAGUAAUAGCGUAUUAAUUCACAAUAGUUUUGUACUUAAAUAGACUUUGAAACGUUGAGUGAAUUUUUAUUGCACGUAAAAAUAGAAUAUUUUCUUUUUGGCGAUAUUGCGCAUUUAUCUCAAAAACUAGGUCAUUCUAGGAUUCGCAUACUUCCUUCAGAUCGCAGAGAUUAAUUUACCGUGCUCUCUUCAUUUUAAUCUGUAACUGGAACAUAUUAGAGAUUUUCCUAAU